AGAAAAUGGGGAAAAAGAGUGACCUAUCAGCGGAAAAACAUCAUGAAUCGUUGUGAAAAACCAUCAAAUUUCUAUUAUUACUUAAUUGCUUAGCGUGUGUAGAAAGCUCGAGAAUAGUAAUAAAUAGAACACUCCCGUACCUUAGAGUUAACUGGGCGACAGACGAACCCUUGCACUCCCCAGGUGAGGAAACAGCAACGCCUGGCCAAGGUCGUGCGGCAUAACCUUGCACGUUCCCAUCACAAACUGGCCACUUCUGCCUCAUAAACUUGCUCGUUAAACUGCCGUGUUUACUGCAGUGUUUGCAGCAGCAAGUGAUGAUGGCUGGGUUACUGGCCUGCCCAUUCCCCACCUAACCCCAAAUCAUGGCCCUUAUUCCCUCUCCUCUCAUCCCAUCCCUAUCUAUACCACAUACUCCGAACUCCCACUGUCUGAGGUUUAGUUUCAAGGUUAAAUCAACACGUCGGGCGCCGCACCACCCAGGAUCGUCAUUUUGUUUUUCUCCUAUACUUAAACAAAUAUACUUUCAAGCGAAGAUUAAGACGAACCUCCAGCGACAUCAGGAAGGAUUUCGGAAACGUGCAUGGCUAAGUAAUGGAGCUUAUAACGAAUUCAAGCAGACUGUGUUGAUGUUAAUCGUGUCACAUUUAUUUCAAGAAGAUUCUGAACUGUUCUGCGUUGAUCUAAACUGAUAGAAACUGAAUUUAUCCUGAAGCUUUUUUUACAAGCGUAUGUUUGGUACCCGCCAACACCCUCUCAGAACGCUCUCCCUCUUCCACAGCCUUCAUAUGUAAACAAUGUCAUAUUUGUGUACCGAAACGCACCCCCUCGAGCCAUUGCAUGUGUGAUUCACUCUAAGUAUCCAGGGUCUUAGAUACGUGGCAAGAGAGUGAGCCCAUACGCGCUGCCAAGGACAUCUCCAGUCAAGGCCAAGAAGGGAGUCAAGACUUCUCAGCAAGAAGAGUCACGCAAAUAUUCGGAAUUAAAGAUGAAGGUUGCAGAGGCCAUGAAGAUUGAAGGGGAUAAGAAGUCAUCCCAGGAGAGGAAAAGAAGAAAAAAGAAAGUGAAGAUGAAGGGAGUAUUGCAAUAUUAAUUAAACUUUACAUAUGUAAAACGCCUUAAACAAAUUUUGCAAAGACAUCAGCCGUAAGUCUGAAUAUGGUGUUGGAUAGAAAAAAAAGGGCAGGAAGAAGUAAAACAUGAGACCUAUUUGGAGUGUUUAUAGUCUGUCGAAAAUACCUGCAACUUCCCUUCCCCCUUUGAAGAGCGCCAAGAGGAGGCUAAAUUCUAGAGGUCCCCGAGGCCACUCUGAGCACCAGUGUUAUGUUCUGGUAAAAAUAAAGCGGGUGUGUGGCGCCGUAAACACCCAGUACUGGCCGCGACGUAAACAUUUACAGUGGCGGCAGCGGAAACAGGCAACCUUAUUAUGGCGACGCUGGUUGGUGUGUCUGUCUGACCUGACCUACUGCUGGCAUCAGGAAUUAUAAGUAGUAGGGCAGGUAGAGGAGCAAGACCGUGGGUUGGCGGGGGAGUGCUUGAGGGGCGUCACGGCUGGCCUGCCUCACGAGGGGAGUCACGGUGCCUGCUUUAUCGCGAGGAUUCCAAGUUUAGCCACGAGGCAGAGGUUGGCAGGCAUUUCAUUAUCGCCACAGAAACUCAAGUAUACUAGAAAGUUACAAGUAUAAAGGACUGCAAAGGGGCUUAAAAGACGAUUCAAUACUGUUCACUCGACCCGAUGGUGAUGGUGGUGAUGGUAAUGGUGGUGAUGGGGACAGUGAUGGUAGGGGUGAAGACACGGGUGCCGGGCGUCUGUCUGCAGCGCGGCAACCCGUCACUAAGGCCAGGUUCAUCACUCCUCGCCGCCCCCACCGCACUCCUUCUCCCUCUCCCUCUUACCUAACCAUUCUCUGGCCCCUCUUCUGCUCUCAUCUCAUGUGAUUCGAGGUAGAAAUUUUUAUACUUAUUGUUCUUUCUCGCACCGUAGUAUCUAAAUAAUCCAUUAUCUGUAGUAAGCUCUUUCAUUCUUUAUCUUUUUAUCUCUGAGAGAGAGAGUGUGUGUGUGUGUGUGUGUGUGUGUGUGUGUGUAUGAGUUCGCGUGGAUGAAAAAACCUGCGUAUGAAAAUAUAAAAGAUACACAGAAAAAUCUAAUUACAUAUGUAAUCAAACCGGAUGAUCAGUGCCGAUGAUUUAUAUCCGUUAACUCAACUUUGAAAAAAAUAUGAUAAGGACGGAGCACGUCUGGGAAAGAUUUUUGAUGUGGGUGGCACGAGACUUGAAAUAGCCCAGCCUCUCCCCUUCACGAACAGUGCGGCGCAGAUCCUCACUCGGGAGGCAGCCUCUCUGCCCCUCACACCUGGCCCUCACUCCCCUCACCUCUGGCCCCGCGAGAAAGCGACCAGGAGCAGUACUUGUCUGGGCAUCCUAAGUAAAUAUCUCAAAUGCGCCGCACCAUCACCCAAAAGAAAAAAAAAAAAAAAAAACAAGACCGGUGCUCUCUGUGAUCAGGCGUGAGUGUAAUGAAGUCACAGCCUGCGGCUAUCUGAAGGCAGGCGCCGGAAAGCCUCCGGGUCACGGAAUGUGCUGAAAGGGAGGCGGCCGGUGCUGAGACUUGCAGUCGUUUGAUAAAUUACCUGGAAGUGAAGUGUGUUUAGGUUGCUUGGCAGUAAGUGACAAUCAAGUAAUAUAUCAGCGAUGUUGAUCUAAUUAGAGAAAAUGUUACCAAGAAUUUGGCGAAGUGUGUGUGUGCCCUGCUUGGGGAUACAUGGCGGAGGGAAGGCUGUGCAGAGAUGGUGACGUGUACACAUUAGGGUGAAUGGUGUGGGGAACACAACGUGUUACCGCUUUUGGUUGAAAUUCUCAGGAUAAAUGUGCUCGUCUUCUUACCACCGACACAACGCAAACGAAAACGGGCGUAGAAUUUUGCGCAAGUGUUGGCAGAAAGCCUCGACGCGGCGUAUGAAGACUGCAACGUGUGAUCACCUCGACGCGGCGCCAAGACCCAGCUGAGGCUCGGCGGGUGAGCGACUGACGAAGGGCACUGCUCCCUGGUGCCGUACAGAUACCACGAAAGGUGCUGCGGCGGCUGGCCAGACCCACCGUAUAUUUAGUGGCGCAGUGACGGCGAAGAGGCAGAGGGUGUCGCGAGGGGAGGGUGGGGAGCACUGAAGGGCAGACACGAGGCAGGGAGGGGCAUUGGGAGAUUGAGCCAGGCAGGGGGCGCCACGCCAGGGCAGGGGUGGUUGGCUGGCUCAGCACGGUGGCUCCCAGUGCCAGCGGGUCUGGCGGUGUGAACGUGUGGUCCAUGUGAUGAGUGAACAGCCGUCUCAGGAUGGACCGCCAUCCGGGACGCCCUCGCGGGACGUCCUGCCUGACCACCUCGUGCAGAACCAGGAUCACCUGGUUCUGCGGGAACACGGGGAGCAGCAUCGCCAUGGACUGGUUCAGGCUGAGGAUGCUGACGGUUGUCUGAGCUUGAUCGACGACGACGAUGUAAGAAAAAUGUCCCAAGAUUCACUUAUAUCAGGAAGUGGGCGAGGAUCGCCACUCCUACGCCCUUCCGCCGGUCAGCGCCGUUACCAGGACUCAGACUCAUGUCCCAGUGUGUCACCCAGUCCUGACCCAGAGUCUCGCCACCAGACCUUUGAUUUCAGCCCGCCUGGAGAACCGGUGGAGAGCGGGGGCAUCACUGCGGCGCUGCAGACUGAAAGAGAGUUCUUAGAUUUUAUGUUAUCUCUUCCUCAAGUGCAAAAAGAAGGGCCGGGACGACCUUCCCCGGCAAAGAAAGAGGGUGCUCCUCGACCCCUUCAACAACAAGAGGGACCAAAGCCUGUUCAGCAGGAAGCGGCGCCUCCCCUGCGGGCAGAUUCAGAGCAGAGAAGUCCCAGCCGAGCGCCAGCUACCGUUGGGGGCGUCGUCAGCACCAAGAUGGGUCUGGAUCACCUCGAUAACCUGUGCCGCAUGAUGGAGCAGCUCGGUGACCUGAGAGAACAAAAUUCUCGCCUACAGCGUCGUGUUCACUACUUGGAGGAGCUGCAGGCGCUGCAGGAAAUGCACCGCCACCUGCAGGAGACUCUGGAGGCUCGGCGUUCAGGACUCAGACUGGACUCCAUUCACUUAUCGGAUUCUGACCCACACCUGGAUGACGACGGUGAAGGUGGCGGCGGCAGAAUGUCGCGCCACGGUUCUGAGGACAGCCUGAUGUUGCUGGGCCACCACCAGCCCGACAAAGGUAAGGCCCGCGCCAUGUCUUCGAAGAUCCGCUUACGUAGUAAAUCCGUAGGGACCGAUCUACUUGACCCUGUGCCUAAAACCAAGGUUUCAGGCUGGAAAAGAGUGCGAGAGGCUUUGAAAUGGGAACGUGCCACCCUUCUGCCCCCUGCGCCUACCCCUGCUACUGCCACUAGUGCCCACCACCCUACCUCUUCCCCCCAGCCAUCCCCUAGCCCUCAGUCUGCCACACUUCAGGACCAAUUCUUUCGACCCCCAUCCUCAUCCUCAUCAUCGAGUGUGCUCACUGAAGUCAUGACUGAGGAAGACCUACUAAACUUCUAUCGUCAAGUCAUCGACGAGAGUGAGCUGCUGGAGCUGCCAGAGUCCCCCGUGAGGCGGCAUUCGACCACGGAACGGGACCUACGCGCUGCCACCCUCGACCGGGAACCCCCAACCCAGGCACACGAUAAGGAGAAGAAGGGUCACCGCUCAGCAUGGGGCAUGGUAGGUCAUCUGAGGCCAAGGUGGACCAACUGGGGACGAGGUGGACCAGCUGGGAUCAAGGUAAAGAACAUGAUCAGCACGCGGCGGGACAGCGUGAGAAAAAAGUCCACGUCUGCACAUCGCAAAUCGACGGUGGAGCGUCCAGGCCGCGGCCACCCUGGUGUGGCUGUCGAGGUCGCGGCCGCGUCAGAUCCAGAGGACUACGAGGUGGACUACGACGGUCAGGCAAGAGAGACGGUGGAUCCCGGAGGCCCCACCUGUUUCGCUACGGACGGCAGCGAGGGCGAAUGGGAGGUUGGUGGGGUGUGGGUGGGGCCCCGGGAGGAAGAGGUGCCCGCCUUACCCAGCCCCACUACAAGCCUGGGUGUGCGUCGAGCCAAGCCUCAGCUCACCAUCACGGUGCCCUCCAGCGAGGAUCUCAGUCAUGUGCAGCAGGUCAGAGAGAAGCCACGCCCUCCCCCGAGAUCCCCAGAGGUCAGGCGUAGAAAGAAUUCGCCCUCGCAGCUGGACCCUCGGACGCCCAUCCUCCUCCACAGGACGCCUCCCUCUCCACGCCGCGCCUCCCACUGGACCAAGGUGAAGAAGGCGUUCCUGACGGGCCAGCAGCACCCGCACAUCAAGGCGGAGCUCGUACAGGCGGCGGGCUCCUCCUCCCUGCCACCCUCCCCUAGCAAGAAGACCACCACCUUCCACUUCGACACUCCUCCCGACCACCUUUCCUUGUCGUAUCUGGCGCAUCACCUGCACGCUCUUCUCCCAGGUGUAGGCGCCUCCGCCUUGGACGACUCCAGCUCCCCAAGUAUGUCUCCCCUGGAGGCCUCCCCCGACACCCUCGCCUCCCACAGCCACAGCACCUCCACGCCCUCGCCCCAACCUCACCCCACUCCCUCCCCACAGCCCUCUGGGAUGCAAAGGAACCUUGCUGACCUACAGAAGAGCCUGAGCGGGGAGUUCAACCGCCGCUUGCAAGAGUGGGAGAAGUUGAAGAGCGGAGCAAUUCAAGGAGGCCCUUCUUCUGCACCCUCAUCCGGAACGUCUGUUGGCCCGGUUCAUCCCGAGGAGAACUUGCCUCACGAGUUUCGUAAAAAGCUUCAUGAGUGGGAGAAAAUGAAGGAGCGGGAGCGGGAACGAGGCAAACCUGAUCUCCCGAGGGGGCAGGAGGACGUGAAGACCAAGGUGCAUGGCGAGGACGAUCUUCCCGCUGAUUUCAGAAAGAAGCUGACCGAGUGGGAGAUCCGUAAGGCCUUGGUGGGCAAGAGUCAGCAGAACGUGGAGGAGCUGCAGAAGAAUCUCGGUGAGGAAUUCAAUCGCAAAAUGGCUGAGUGGGAGAGGAUUAAGGCCUCAGCCUCCCACGGCCACAUCAAGCCUUCAUCCUCUGCCAGCUGCAUACAGGCCAAGCCCAUUGUUCCGCCGCCUCCGGUGCCACACAAAUCUGGCAGCAUAUCCAGUCAGGGUCAGAUUAAAUGUUCCGCUUCCACGAGUCAGGUGUUGGCAAAAGCGUCCAUGGCAGGGCCCACUGCCAGCCCUAGAUUGGAUAGAAAGGGAUCCGGCCACAAGAUCAAGAAGAGCAAGUCCAGCAAGACUGAGAAAGCUCCUGUGCUGCAGAACAAGGCUGAGAGCGGCAACAAAGGGCGGGACAAGUCAGACAAGGAGCUCCAGUGGCUCGAGAAAGAGCUGCUGAAGGUGGAGAGGGAGAAGCAGCGGCUAGAGAGGGAGAAGGAGAAGUUUCUUGAGAGACAAGCAAGGCUGGAGAAGAUGCGGCAGGCGAUGGCUCGAGGCGGCCCGGCCAAGAAAAAGGAAAUCUAUAUCAAGACCUCGACUGGGGAAUUCCGCUUCGAGGGCAUCAGCCAGACGUUCACCAAGAGGCUGUACGAGUGGGAGGAGCGGCGCGGCAUCCGACCCGAGUCAUCCACCAUUGCGCUCCUCGAUCCGAACUACAAGGCGCCGGAGAAGGAAGUACAGGAGAAACCCAAGAGUCCAGAGCUCGUCCGUUUAGUUAGGUCGAAAUCUGAGUCCUCGAUGGUGGCAGAUCUGGUGGGCCCGACGCUACACUCUCGCGCCUCCAGCCUCUCCCUCGGCGAAAGAGAAACGGAUGAGCCAGUCCUGCAAGCUGAGAACAAAGCAGCCAGCGAGCCCACUCUGGCGGCGGAGGACCCGGGGUCUCCGAAGGUGGCAAUGCUGGUGCAGCUGGAGGAGGUAGUAGACGACCCCACCGCCCUUCACGACCCCGCCACGCCCUAUGCUCCGGCAGAAAUCACCAGAAACAUCGACUCCUCCGGAAGCGAGGAGGAUGUGACGCGACGGCGACGUGCAGACGACGACGAUGACCUGGCCACCAACUUGCAGCGGAACGACAGCGGCCGGGGCCACGGAUCAUACCGCUUGUUGCUGCACGAGAACAUGAGUCUAUUGGACAGACUCCGCCAGCAGGAGGACCUCUGCCGCGCGCUUGAGACUCAGAUGGGGGACAUCGACUCCAAGAUGGACAACGUUGCUGACCAGCACCUCAAGACUCUGGAGAAGCUGCACCGCCAAGUGACUAUCAUGAAGGACUCCAGCACCACCUCACACGACCCAGAGGGCGGCGCCUCCAGUGGCGGCUCUGAGGAUGCUGAGGCCAACCAACGCCUCAUCAACCAACUCAAGUCCCGCAUCGUGGAACUAGAGAUGCGGGGCGACCAUCUCAUGAACGAGAAGGAACAGUUGGAGCGUGCCUUUAAGCUACACAAGGACCACGAAACCGAGAUCGCCGAGUCCUUGGUGGAGAGGAUUCGUGAACUGCAGAACGCCGGGGCCGAGGUCAACAUUCAGACCGUCCAGUGCCCGAGCAGUGACCUUGCAACAUCUCAGGAAGGAAGUGUUGCUGUGGAUGAAUCAGUACCUGAAGGAUUACACAAACAAGUAGAAAGUAAAGAGGAAGUUGAAAAGGUGUCUCUACCGGAUAUGGAUAAAGAAAGAGAAAAGAGAAGGAAGACUUCGCGAGAGGGGGAAGUGGUCGAGUCUGGGAGGCGCGAGAGUCGAACACGAGAACAUCGAAAAGUCAAGAAGGUUCCCUCAAAGAAGGUGCAAAAGCUCCACAACCUGACUGGUGACUUGCUCUUCCAGGCCAAGCGGCUGGAGCAAGCAUUGGUGUCCAAACAUAAUCUAGAUCGACGCGGGGCUAGCGGGCCUCCCCUGCCCGUCGCUUACAAACCGAGGAGUCUUCGGGGGCGUUCGUCCUUACGUUUAGCAGGAGACACUGCUGCCCCACCACGACGAGGGAGGAAUACCCCCUCUCGCACCUGGUCAUCCAUCGAGGCGAUCACAUUCCCUGCUGAUUCCCAGGGAGCCGGUGAGGCGGAGGGUGGGGACAGGCAGGAGACAGAGGAAGGUAAUGUGAUGACGAGCAGGAGUCUCAAAGGCCAGUCAUCCAUGGGAUCUGGGUCGUACUCUGGUGAUCCGCAGGAGCUCCUGGCCAUGAACGCUGAGCUCAGUCGAAUGGCAAAGGAACUGCGGCUUGAAAUGAUGCAGAUGUGGAGCUUCAGAGAUUCCACUUCUCCUGAGUCGGUGACGUCAGAGCCCAUGUCGGUGCACGACAUAGAGCCUUUGUCAGUUCACAAUAUAGAAGAGGACACGACUGAAAAGGACCGGUUAGUAGCGGAAGCCAACGAGGUUUUCCAGAGCAUCGCCAUGUUACACAACGAUAGUCCCCCGCCCUCGCCUCACGUUGUCAGGUCGCCCUCCAGCCGAUCUCGUAAGUCACCCACCAAUGUGCCACACGCAAAGCUCAGAGAUGCGGUUGGUCUGGAUGAAAAGCGGAGCCGCCGGGGCACUGAAGACAAAGACCGCAGGUCUAACAAUAAAACACCGUCCAGAAAGAACUCUUAUCGAAAGCAGCAGCCGAACAACCUUGAGGAGGACGAGGAGGAGGAGCAACUGGAGAAACAGCCGGAGAUAAGUGUGUUCGGUGCCACGCUGGGAGAGUUGCUCCUGCGCACACAACACCAUCACGAGGAGGAAGAAGAAGAAGAUGAAGAUGAGGAAGAAGAAGAGGAGGAAGAGGAAGAACACAGACGUUGGGAGGGACAACGAAGACGCUCGUCUGACGGACUGUCCACUGUGACCUCAGGACCUUCGCGCUCCCACUCCCCCUCCCCCAGCAUUGCUUCCAGCGCCGCUGAGGCCGAGUCUUCCUCGCGUGUGGACGAGGACGAGGACAGCAUCUCCCUGCCAGGCACGUGGAAGACCGCCACUACCUCCACCACCCGCUCCGGGGAACACAUCCUCUCCUCCAGUUUUGAGUGGGAGGAGGAGGAUGCCGAGGAAAGAAAGAAGCCCAGAGCGAGGUGGAGAGUUAUGAUGGAAGACACAGAAGAUGAAGUGGAGGAACAGAGACCAAGAGGGAGGUGGAAGGCUGUGGUAGAUGAUGUGAAUGACGACACUGUGGUAAUGAAGCCCAAACGAAGAUGGAAAGCAGUGGUCGAUGAAGAGGAGGAGGAAGAAGAAGACGGUAAAGAAACUCCUACGCCACAGAAGACAUCGGAAGCAGACCAAGACGACUGCACUGACUUUGUAACUGAGGUAACGGUAAUCCUUCCCUCAGCUCGGCGCGCUACUAGAGACCUGAAGACCCGCCGCAUCUCCGACACUCAGGUAGAAUAUGAAAGCUUUGGACAGGAGAGUAAGGACGAAUGCCUCACUAGCACGUUUAGUAAAUCAGUGCAUGAAGAUGAGGCGCUGCCGGGAAGAAGACUGAGAAGACUGGGUCUAGCCAACUUAUCUCGUGCGCCGGAGGACGUUUCAUGGCCGGAUGAAGCUUUACCAUCUGCUGUGGCCACCAACACUCACCAGAUGUCAGACAAAUCUCCUGAUGUUUUUGUCCCCACAAAACGAACCAUUUUUACUGUUCAAGGAGGAAAUAGAAACCCUGAUCAAGCCCGUGCUACUCCCACCUUUGUUGAGAGUCAGGAUGAAGAGCAAGAGGGCAGUAGGGGUAUUUGGCGAAGAAGUCAGAGCCAUCCUGAAAAUGUCUCGGAGGCAAUAAUUCAGAAGCCCACUCGGUCCUGCAAAGAGAAAAAUACCAGUGAUAAUGUGAACGGCCACCAAAGUAGCUCGCCCGUAACUAAGUCCAGGAUUAGAAGAGCCUCACGAAUAUCUUCCUCUUCGAUGGCUCAGUUAACAAAACAAACUGAUCAAAUUUCAUCAACUAACGAGCCUGAAGUGGAAGUCAGGCACGAGAAACCCGAUAGAGAUGCUACCUCUUCUCAAAAGGAAAAUGGUAAGGCCAUAAGUAACACUGCCAAGGAACAAACUGAAACUGAAGUCAAAUCAACAGACACACAUAAGCCAAACAUAGUUGCUGAAGAGGGUACUUCAUGUGCUGAGAAGACGCCCUCCCACAUCCCUCCGCCUCAGCCCCUCACCUCUGUCGCCAUCACCACUGCACUCCUCCAGACACCCGCAGCAACUAGCCCUCCCAUUGAGUCUAAAAGAAAGGUCUUAGAGGCCGUCAAUGAAGGUGUUCCUGCUGUCCGUAACAUCAUACAAAAGUUCAACAAGCGUAUCACGGAAAACCAGGAAUUAUUAGGAAGCCCCUUUCGGUCACCACCCAGCAGCCCACCAUGGCAGUCACCUCGAUCUCAAAGAAAAAUUUUGGCUGAUUUAAAUUCAUGCCAAGCAGGAACAGAUAACAAAUUUCCAGCAAAGAAUGGACAAUCUACUUAUGAAUCAUCUCGAUCAGCGACUGCCAAUGUGGCCAGUGGUGUUCUCAAAUCCCAAAGUGCCUCAGUCAUUGCCUCCCACCCAGCAGAGUUGCCACCAAAGGUUCAGCGUUCAGCAAGUGGCUCCUGUGUGCAGGCGGAUAAAUCCAUUAGUAGCGAAGUGAAAGUCACUGUCUCAGGGGGAUUGGUUGCCUCACCGCAACUGUCCAGGUGCAGGGGUGCAAGCCCUGGCGAAGCGUUCAAUUGCUCUUCUAGUGUAAGUCCCGCCCUCACACCAGCCGCCACUGAUCUUGACACUUCCUGUGAUCUGGAAUUUUCAACGGAAGAUACUGGACACACUCAUGAGCGGCUGACAGGGCCCUUGAGGCCUGAAAGGCGUAGUCCUGCAGCUCAUAUCCGUGCACUCAGAAUUAAAAAAGCAAAGGAAGAGUUCCUCGCUCGUGGAGCGGGUCUGCCAACUACUGACCAUGGAGCAAGUGACACAAACGAAACAGUAAAGCUUAGACACAGAAGUGGCACAGCCAGCACGGAGGGCAGCUGGAGAGAAUCUGAUGAACUCUGUGCAGCAGCACCAUCUCCUACCCCAACAGAAGGGAGUAGUCGCGAGAAGGAAGAAACUCGAGACAAACCACCAAGAGUCGCUUCUCGAAGACGAAACAUUCCAAAGAAAGAGUCAUUCCGCAGACAGAGUGCUGGUUGCCUACUAGAGGAGUCUGCAUCCGCCAAACACUCUUCGCAGGUUGUAAAGUCUUCCUCGUCAGGAGUACUGGCCAACGUUAAGAGACACUCAAGAAUCUCCAUUGACUCCCAGUCUCCUGAUCGACGAAAAGAGUCCAUUGAUCAGUGUGGUGAACAAGCACGAACACCUCUUGGAAUAUUCAAGUUGUUCCGACGUAAUCGAAGUAAAGAUAAGCGGGACAUGCCCUCAGUACAAAAGCUGUGCCGUCAGAGUCUGGUGGUGGACUUCGCCAAUGGCAGAGGCCGAACCCAAAGUGCUUCUCCUCAACCGCCUCCUGAGCCCCAUCUCCGGGCUCUGCCCGAAGUAGAAGUAGAAGAGGCUCCGGAAGCUGCUGCUCGAUCCUCGAAGACGCUGCCAAGAGGAAGUUCCAUGGAUGCAGUGCCUCUGGCGCCCUCUCGCUCUUGCCCAUCGUCUCCUGUCGCUCCUCACCGCUCUCGAACUGCCAACUGGCUGGCUCGUGGCCGUCAAAUAUUCAAGAGCCGCUCUCCUUCGCCAGGGAAAAAGGCACGGUGACAUUCGCCCCAUUGCUUAUGUGGAUCAGUCAGUAUGUCGCCAAGACUGGUGUUUCGCUGCUGCCAGUCAAGCGAUGUUUGAGUGCACACCACAGGUGGCUCAUAUAAUCCUCCAAGAUGUGGGAAAGGUUAUCUCUGAACUAUCAUCAUACACACUAAAAUUACACCUCAUCCCAAUACAGCAAGUGUGACUAGAGGCAACUAUCCACACGAAAAGGAGAAAGCAAUGUAAUAGUAAUGAGUCUGAAAUAUAAAUAUACAACAAUGUGGCUGCACCAGAGCCCAUAGGUCAAAACUCUUAAGAGUAGAUCAGCCGCAGUAUUUCCUUAAAAAUAGGAUGGAUUCAAGAAACAUUUCACAGCAUAUCAAGCAUUGUUGAAGUUUACCAAUGCCAGAUGCUUGAAACUCUGGAGACCUGUCUCAACCGGAUAAUUCAAACGAAAACAAUCAGAUGCCAUAUGAUGACUGAAAGAGAACAGGUACACAAGAAAACAAGUAGAUGUAUGUGAAUGAAAUAUGCCAAACCUUUCGUGAACAGUGAUAUAAUAAUGGCACAAAAGUCAGUUUCUUAUGCUACUCUGAGCCUUGCACUCUAACCAUGGCAUAGUGAUAUGUGUCUUACUCUUCUGAGGCUUUUGUAUAUCUGGUGAUACGGAUGCAAAUGUUACAUGAUACUAUGACAUGUACUGUACAGUAUGUACAGUAAUAAUGCUGAAAGGACGGCGGCAAAUUUGUCUCGCCCAAUAUGUGUUGUCUUAUCAGAGCUUUGGAUCAGCGCAGCAAGCUGCAUCGUCAGUCUGCAACAUUGUGUUAGGAAUAAUUAUUCAUAUUGUCAAUAUAAUUCCUUUUCUACGUACCUGGUAUAUAAGUAGCCUUAAAAAGUAGUUAUUAAGAUAAUAGGAGAAAUGGUUGAAGGGUGGAAUCACUAUCCUUUAUUAAAUCAAGAAUAAGACAGAAUUGUGGUGGGAAAUUACUGUCUAGGCAAGAUAUUUAAUGUAUUUACUAAUUAAAAGUAUAGGCACGGAAAAUAUAAGAGACAAGAAGAGAAAGGAGCUAUACAGGACAUCUGUUGGGGAAGAAACAAGUAAUAAUAAUGGAAUUGUUAAAUUGGAAGAUAAAAUAAUAGGAAACCAUU